GCUAGGGGGUUAGUAAGUGAUAUUUUGAAGUGAGUUGAUGUCAACAAGAUAGUUAAAAUGAGUGGAUCACAGGAGCAGUUGAUAGAAUUAAGCGAACUGCGGCUGAAGUCUCCAGUGAGAACUAAAAUAAAAAGAAACAACAAAGUCGCUCAAAGUUGCUCGAAUUCAAUCUGCUCUACCAGCGACGAGUCUAACAUCAUCAGCGUUUUUUCUGCAACAGAGCACACUCAUUCAACUAAAGGAAAUGAACUGCAUGAAUCAUCGAUAUCUUUGACAGACAGUGUCUUUGUAAAACCCGGAUCUAGCGAAAAUAAGAAGCAAGACGGCGGGCAAUACUAUAGACAGAAACUAUCGGAACACUUGAAUAGAAUAAGACAAAAAGCCAGCAGUUCAGCCAAUGCGCAACCAUUGAAAAGUAUCAAAUCCGAGGAGAUUGAUACACCAAGAAGUGAAGAACUAGCUGGAUUAAGAAGUAGAUUGCAUGUUGAUGCGACAUCGUCCACCGAUGGACGCCGUGCAUUUUUUGCAUUCAACAAUGAAGAACAGAAAGAAUCCCCCCAGGACUACGAUAAAAACGUCUACUACAUACAACCUCUAGAAAUCAGUACAAAGCAAGGAAUCGUAGAUCCACCAAUGCUAGACGAUCAAGAUAACUUCAAAAUCAAUUUAGAUAAAAAAGUACGGAUAAGAAAUAUAAUAGAACAAAGAUUGUUGGCAGAUGGUGACAGGUACUAG